AUGCGUCAUCAAAUGAAUACAACUGUCAAUAACAGUGCAAAUCAUCCACACCACAUCAUCAAUAAUCGAUUACAACGAAAUUCAACUAUGAAAACAACACAUCGGUCAAAUAAUAAUAAUAAUAAUAAUAACAUUGGUAGGAAUAAACAGUUCACGAGUACACUUCAAAAUAAUGGAGUUCACUCAGCGUACAUCAACAUCAAUCCAUUAAUUAGCUGA